CGAUAUUAUACAGGAGUAGUAGCCUUUGGUGUCCGUUUCAUUGCUUUAAUUAUCAUCCAAGAGGAGCAGCUCCGUCCUGGUGUCCGGCUAACAUGCGGCUGGUGGAGCGAACUCUGAUGUCCUGCUAUUAUGAUACAAGGAAGCUGACCUCUGCAACACAGGCAAAUGAGCUGAAUUGAUCCAGAGUCUUCAUUAAUUUGCACAUUCUGCAUCCUUAUUUAUAUCAGUAAGGAUGUACAAGGACAGGAGUCAAGUGACUGAGAGGAUAAUAAAUCUCACCCUGGAGAUCAUCCACCUGCUGACUGGGGAGGAUUACACUGUAGUGAGGAAGACAUCUGGUGAGUGUGAGACACCCAGUAGCAGUCCCUGUAAAUCAGGAGGACUGAGCAAGACCCAGAGCCCCAUCACGGAGCCUCCACUUCAGUCACUGAUACAUGAGAGAGACAAUGAGCAGAAGAUCCUGGAACUCGCCAACAAGAUCAUUCAGCUGCUGACUGGAGAGGAGGGGGAAUAUUUAGGAGAACACAAGGUUCUGCAUGAGGACUUGAUGAAGGAGAAUCAGUGGACCUUCAUAUCACUGGAUGGAUCCAGUAACAGAGAUACCCCAGAGAGAUGUCCCCGUCCUCUUUAUACACAGGACGGUACAGAGGAGAAUCACAGGAUCCCACAGAAGGAUGGGGAUAAAGAUAUGACUGGAAUUAAAGUAGAAUGUAUAAAAGGAGAAGAGACGUUUGUAACUGUUAACAAGGCAGAGGACAUAGGGGGAGAAGAAGUGAUGUACGUGACUGAUGAGGAAGGAGAUAUAGAGGUAGAAGAAGAGACGUAUGUGAGGGGUGAUCAGCAGUGUAAGGAGGAGAAAAUCCCUACAGAUAUCCGCACAGAUGGAUCCAGUAACAGAGAUACCCCAGAGAGAUGUCCCCGUCCUCUUUAUUCCCAGAGCUGUACAGAGGAGAAUCACAGGACCCCACUGGAUGAUCAGGACGAUGGUCUCACUAUUAAGGUAGAAGAUAUAGAGGGAGAAGAAAAGAUGUAUGUGAGGGGUGACCAGUGGUGGAAGGAGGAGAAAAUCCCUACAGAUAUCAGCACAGAUGGAGCCAGUAACAGAGAUACCCCAGAGAGAUGUCCCCGUCCUCUUUAUUCCCAGGACUGUACAGAGGACACUCACAGGACACCACAGGAGGAUCAGGAUGAUGAUCUGACUACUAUUAAGGUAGAAGCUGUAGAGGGUGAAGAAGAGACAUAUGUAGAAUGUGAUCAGCAGUGUAAGGAGGAGGAAAUCCCUGCACAUAUCAGUAAAGAUGGACGUACAAACAGGAAUUCCUCGGAGGAAUAUCGAAUUUUGUCACCAGAUUUUAAAACAGAAAAUAUAAACCUCACACAAGAGUCUCCAGGAGAUCAACCAUUACUGCACAGUGCAGAUAUAUCAUCUGAUCUUUCUUAUUAUGAGAAAUGUUCUUCUGAUAACUCAGAAAUUGCUUCACAUAGUACAGCUCAUAGAGAGGAUAACAUAUUUUCCUGUUCUGAAUGUUGUAAGGGUUUUAUACAUCAGUCAGCCUUUGUAGAACAUCAGCAAACUCACACUAAAGAAAAAUCAUUUUCAUGUUUUGAAUGUGGGAAAUGUUUUACAAACAAAUAUAUUCUUGUUAGACAUGAGAGAAGUCACACAGGCGAGAAGCUCUUUUCAUGCUCUCAGUGUGGCAAAUGUUUUACAAUUAAAUCCGCUUUUAUCACACAUCAGAAACUUCAUAGAGGUGAGAAACCAUUUCCAUGCCCUGAUUGUGGGAAAUGUUUUUCACGGAAAUACAAUCUUCUUGAGCAUCAGAUAAUUCACACCGGUGUGACACCUUUUCCAUGCUCUGAGUGUGGGAAAUAUUUUACGCGGAAGUCAAACCUUGUUGAACAUCAGAGACUUCACACAGGUGAAAAACCAUUUACAUGCGCUGAGUGUGGGAAAUGCUUUACAUAUAAAUCAAGUCUUAUGGAACAUCAGAGAAAACACACAGGUGAGAAACCGUUCUCAUGUUUUGAGUGUGGAAGAUGUUUUACAUAUAGAUCAGCUCUUGUUGUACAUCAGAGAACUCAUGCAGUUGAGAAUCAAUUUCCAUGCUCUGAGUGUGGGAAAAGUUUCACACAGAAAUCAGAUCUUGUUAAUCAUUACAGACUUCAUACAGGCGAGAAACCUUUUCCAUGUUCUGAGUGUGGGAAAUGUUUCGCAUAUAAAUCACGUCUUAGAAUACAUCAGAGAACUCACACAGCUGAGAAACUAUUCAAAUAUUCUGAGUGUGGGAAUGGAUUACAGAAAUCAGAUCUUCAGAGAACUCACACAAGUGAGAAACCAUUUUCGUGCUCUGAGUGUGGGAAAUGCUUUACAUAUAAAUCAAGUCUUGUGGACCAUCAGAGAAGUCACACAGGUGAGAAACCAUUUACAUGUUCUGAGUGUGGAAAAUGUUUUACAUGGAAAUCACUUCUUGUCACACAUCAGAGACUUCACACAGGUGAAAAACCAUUUCCAUGUUCAGAAUGUGGGAAAUGUUUUACAUCUAAUUCAAGUCUUAUGGAACAUAAGAGAACACACACAGGGGAAAAACCGUUUCAAUGUUUUGAGUGUGGGAAAUUUUUUAGACGGAAAUCAAAUCUUGUUGAACAUCAAAGACUUCACACGGGUGAGAAGCCAUUUUCAUGUACUGAGUGUGGGAAAUGUUUUACGCACAAAUUGGCUCUUGUUGUACAUCGGAGACAUCACACGGGUGAGAGGCCAUUUAAAUGUUCUGAGUGUGGGAAGUGUUUUGUACAUAAAUCACAUCUUGCUGAACAUCUAAGACUUCACACGGGUGAGAAGCCAUUUCCAUGUCCUGAGUGUGGGAAAUGUUUUACACAAAAGUCACAUAUGGUUGAACAUCGAAGAAUUCACACAGGUGAGAAACCAUUUUCAUGCUCUGAUUGUGGGAAACAUUUUACACAUAAAUCAUCUUUUGCUAAACAUCAGAAACGUCAUGCAGAUGAGACAUCAUAUCCCUAUGAUCAAUGUGGAAAUUAGAAAAUUGUUGUACUUCAGAGAAAAUAUACUGUAUAUGCAAGAAACUAUUUCAAAGCUCUGAGUGUAGAAAUGUGUAAUACAAAAAGCAGGUCUUGUUAAAUAUUGUAUAUAUAUCACACUGGUGAGGUGUUUCUAUGUUUUGUGUGUGGAAAUGUUUUGAGGGAGAGUUGAUGGACAUGUAAGGGACUUGGGCACGUGGUGAGGUCUAAGUGGCAUUUGGGAGUUUAGUAGUACAUUUCGGAUCUGAGGGCUUGUUGUGUUCUGAGUACACAUGGGUGCAUUUUGUAGCAAGUGGGAGUUUAAGGGCAUGUAGGGUUAUUUUGGAGAUAAGUAAUAGGUCUGAGACCUAUGAUGGGAUUUUGGAGAAAAUUAUGGAUAUUUUGGGAUUAAUGAUGUGGGCAUGCAGAAGUAGUUUCAGGACUGUGACUUCAUUUUUUAAAUUAAGGGUAAUGUUUGUCCCGUUCCACAUUUUUAGAGCUGCACAUGCAGCCCUUAAAGUAUAUCAAGUUGCCCAUCGUCAGGUUAGAGUAGGUAGAAAGUUAAUGCUAAAAAUUGAGAGUUAUGAUAAAGUGUCAAUAAAAAAUGUACAUCAGACUGAUGAUAAAAAAAUGCUUAAAACAGAACCAAAAACAGCAUUAAAAAAUAAAAUAAAGCAAUAGUAGGUACAAGAUUAUGGUAGACCAUUGAAGUGAAAAUAUAGUGCAGUGUAAGGUGACUGACAGCAAUAUAUUAGUAUUAGAUUCAGUUAGCAUAAUGGGGGUGAAAAUGUGAGAAUGAACAAGGUAAGAGGAGGGCAAACUACAAGCAGUGACAGUGUGAUGUACACAUGCGAUACAUGCAGUUAUACUGUAUGCACAGUAUGGAUCUGGCUAUGGCAAGUCUGCUAAAGAUAAAAGGUACUACAACAUAGCAAUGAGUUCUUGCAAGAGAAAGUGAAAUGUAUCGGUUACUCAGCACUGGCUGGACAUUGCUACAUUUUUGCAGCUGACAUUGAAUAGGUGGAUCGAUUUAUUCUUUCUUAUACUGUAUAUUGAGAUUAGUGCAGGUCUAUUUAUCCAAAUGAGAAACGUGCCAGUUGGUACUAAAACGCAUCAAGGUCCCCUUAAUCUAUUGGAGCAAUCAUUUCCAGAAAAAGCUUUAUUCCUCUAACAUAAGGAUAUAUCACCAUCCUGCUUCGGCUUCAUUGAUUAAACUUUGACCAUAAAAGCUGUAUUUCUACUUCAGUGGGACAUAUUGUAGAGCUGUGCUCCAUUUUAUAAGACUCUAUGUGAACAUUACAUCAGAGGGAACUGUACUUAUGCUGUAUAACCGGUCAUUACUGCUGUAUACAUGUUUCCUACCAUAUGUUUCCUGAUAGUAGAGCAUAUGUAAUAGGGUUCGAGUUUGCCAGAGGUACAUGAUGCCGGCCGAUCUUUGAUGUUUUUUUUUUAAUGUGGCAGUCAUUUACAAGGCAUGGUUUUGCCUUGUAGUAAAUGAUUGCCGCUUUAAAAAUUGUAUGAGAUCGGCCGGCAUCCUCCACCUCUGGCAAACUCAGACCCUAUUACAUAUGCACCCUACUGUUCCACAGAAGUGUGAUUUAAGUUAAUUACAUAAGAGCCCUUUGAUUUCAUCACUCUUUGAUAGCUACUAGUAGAUCAUUCAUUGAAGAGUGAUUAGGAUAUUGAAUUGUUAAAGUUGUGUUUCACUUAAUAAAUCGAUGUUAAAGAAA